ACUGCAGUGCAAACGAGAAGCGAAGAACGAGGAAUCCGAUCGAUUUGGCGUCGAGAGGGAGAGCGAAGGACGGGCUGCCUUUUCUCAGAAGCGCGGAGGGAGCUUUCGAGAGGAGAGCAGCCGAUUUUCGGAGGUCGAUCGGAGGACAGUAUGGACGUCACCGAGGAGACGGAAGCAAGGCAGGAUGGCAAGUUGCAGCUGGGGCAGCACUUGUUCUUGCUGCGGAAAGCUAAUCCCUCGCCCGAGACUGCUGCAUCGCUGAAGGAUUCUGUCUUCACGGCUAUCGUGGCAGAUAAGAUGGCUGGGUUGUAUCAGAGUUUUUGGCAAGAGAUGAGCUGGGAGUCCACUUUUGACACCAAAAUGUUUGAAGAAUUCAAUGCCUCCAUUGCGGAGGAGGUAGCAAAGCUGGACGAGAAAAUCAAAGAUGCGGAGGAAAAUUUAGGUGAAAGUGAAGUUCGAGAAGCACUUCUAAACAAAGCUCUUUACUUCAUCCAGAUCGGCGAUAAAGAGAAAGCAUUGGCUCAGCUCAAAAUUACUGAGGUGAAGACUGUCGCAGUGGGUCAAAAGAUGGACUUGGUAUUCCACACCUUGAGACUCGGGUUGUUCGACCUUGAUUUUGAUCUCAUCUCAAAGAACAUCGACAAGGCGAAGAGCCUAUUCGACGAGGGAGGUGACUGGGAGAGGAAAAAUCGUCUCAAAGUUUAUGAAGGUCUCUUUUGCAUGGCCACCCGAAAUUUUAAGAAGGCCGCAACACUUUUAUUGGAGUCUAUUUCAACGUUUACAACUUAUGAGUUGUUUUCAUACGAUACAUUUAUCUUCUACACAGUGUUGACGAGCAUAAUAUCUCUUGAUAGAGUCUCUCUGAAACAGAAGGUGGUGGAUGCUCCUGAAAUAUUGACUGUUAUCGGAAAGAUACCUUUUCUUUCUGACUUUCUCAAUGCACUCUAUUCUUGUCAGUACAAGACUUUCUUCCACGCCUUUGCUGGAUUGACUGAUCAGAUUCGACUUGAUCGCUACCUGUUUCCUCAUUUCCGUUACUACAUGAGGGAGGUGAGGGUGGUUGCCUAUUCCCAGUUUCUGGAAUCAUACAAGAGUGUGACAAUGGAGGCAAUGGCUAAGGCCUUCGGUGUCAGCAUAAAUUUUUUGGACAUGGAACUUUCACGUUUCAUUGCAGCUGGUCGUCUCACUUGUAAAAUUGACAAGGUAGCUGGAGUUUUGGAGACGAACAGACUUGAUGCAAAGAAUGCUCUAUACCAGGCUACUAUUAAGCAAGGAGACUUCUUGUUGAAUAGAAUCCAAAAGUUGUCAAGAGUUGUUGAUGUGUAAAUAGAUGGAAAGUUCUAUGUCCAAUAUGCUUUGGAUGGUCUUUUGGCUAGAUUCCAAUGUCUUAUAUCGCCAUGAAGCAGCCGAAAGUUCACUUCCAGGUUGUAAGCAUCUGUUUAGUGCAGUUUAGUUGACUUGACCUAAUGGAGCAUCGAAGGAACGACCAUAUGUUUACUUGUUCAGCGUCUAAGAGCCACAUUAUUUCUUCCGUGGAAAGUUCCUUGAAUCUCGAGAAUUUUUAACGCACAGCUGAGUGCAUGCGUGUAUUCGUUUAUUGACAUGUUUAUGUGUUACGUCCCGACUAGGAAGUCAAUC